UAACACAAUACCUAAACACACAAAAAAACACAGUGCUUGACCGAAUGCUUGACCCGAACUUCCAUAUUGAAUUUCGUUUUGACAGGUCAGUAGAUUGCCUAAUUGCCUAAUAAGAAACUGAGAAGAAGAAGAAUAUAACAACAUAACCACACUUUUAUGUUUAUUGUUUGUUUACAUGGCUGCUGAGAUUGAUUAUGUACAAAAUCACAAUGAAAACUUCUUAUUAUCACGAAAUUUCCUCGAUGAUGUACGGAUAUGGCGACAGUCACGAACCAAAUCCGGACACUGUCCGACUCGUAGAAAAUAUAGUCUCAAAACAACUCAGAAUGAUUAUAAACGAAGCCUUAAAAUACUGGGACAAUGAAACACUUAAAGGCCAGGAUUUGGUGUUUUUGCUCAGACACAACAAAUACAAGAUGCAACGUUUCAUUAGGUAUAUCGAAAAAAAAGAAGCAACCAAAAAAUCAGUGGCACAAAGCAACUCUGAAAUACCCAUAGUAGAAGUGGAACCAGAAAAAUCCAAAAACAAUCUGAUACAAUUUAUCGAAAAAAUAGACGAAACUGGUGAAUUUAUGGACUUAUCUGAAGUAGACGAGGUAAAACUAGAAAGACAAAUCAGGGCUGACAGAACGUCUCAAGACAUUGACGAAAAAAAAUACUUGGAAUUCCAAAAAGCAAGAUGCGCUUCUUUCAAAUCAAUUUCGCAAGGUAUCAAACAAUGGAUCGAUCCCCAAGAUCAACUAACAUUCGAACCUGACGCUUUAGAAGUUUUAGCUUAUUUCGCUAAUCAAACUGUAGCUGAAAUUGUUGAUUUGGCUUUGUUAGUAAAAGAAGAUGCUAAAUCGGGUACUGACCCCCUUGCUCAUUUACCUGGGUCUUACUACACAGCCACAAUGUUUAAUGGAGCUUACAGAUUCGACAGUGGAAAACCAGAUUAUACUAGAGUUCGCAGUGGCCAACCUCCAAUUAGCGUUAACGAAAUCAAAGAAGUAAUGAGAAGGAUUUAUAGUCCUCAGGCUGGAAAAUUGAAUUUUGGUGGAAAAGUGCCAGAUACACAUUAUAUUUUGGCUUUGUAAUAAAUAGAAUUUGUGUUUUAUUAA